AAAUUUCAAAGCUCUGUCCAUCAUGAGAAGUAGAUCUGUCUUUUUUCUGGUAUAUUUUCUAUGUUUUGUGCUGCUUGAGUGUGUAAGAGGACAUUGUCCUGAUGUCACUCCUUCCCCUUCUCCUGCUUGGUCACCCUCUCCAUCUCCCUCUCCUUACUCAUCUUCUAGUAAACAGUUCAGUUAUGUUUCAUCUCUUUCAGACAUACAAGACACAAAUGUCAAUUCUAUUCCAGUUUGUUUGGUUCCGUUUGAUUGUAACGGUUGGCUAGAAGAAGGAGUAAAGAGGAAUGGGGUUUAUCCCAUUAAUCCAAGCAAUGAAGAACCACCAUUUCAAGUGUAUUGUGAUAUGGAGACUGAUGGUGGUGGAUGGACUGUAUUCCAGCAAAGGGUAAACGACUCAAUUAGUUUCUUUAGAAACUGGUCUUCAUACGAAGAAGGCUUUGGCUCACUGACCAGUAAUUUCUGGCUCGGCCUUUCAAAACUUUACCAUCUAGUGAAUCGAAGAAAUACGACUUUACUGAUACUCCUUGAAGAUCACAACGGAAACAAAGCAUAUGCUAAAUACACUACAUUCAUUGUGAGUGACAGCACCAAAGAGUACGAGGUUAAUGCAAGUGGGUACUCUGGUACUGCUGGUGACUCACUACUUCAUGAUACUAAAGGUACUCGGAAAAGUUCUGUAAAGUUUUCAUCUCCGGAUAGAGACAAUGACAACUGGGUGGAUGGGAAUUUGGGACUCAACCACAAAGGAGGCUGGUGGUUUGAUAGCUGCCUUCACUCAAAUUUAAAUGGUCAGUACAAUGCUAGUGUUGAUGGUGAGGGAAUUAUAUGGGAAGGCUGGAAGGGAAAGUCUUACUCUCUUAAGAAAACAGUUAUGAUGAUUAGGUGAA